CAGCAUUAUUCUACGCAGGAGAUAUCGCGCGUUUGACAAGACAGACACAAAUGGCCGCUACACCCCCACCGGAAGAGUCCCUCAAUGACAACAGCCCAAGCGCGCAAGAGGACCUUCCACAAGCCCAGAGACAGCGUCAGCAGCAAACCGCUACGAAACCGCGUCGCCCACGCCAGCAGAAGCCCGACUUCUUCCAGGCUUCACAGGCCCCAGACAAGACAUCCGGCGCCUUGCAACGACAGAACCGGCGCCAGCGCCAACGACGACAGAAUGCCCCUUCUUCAUCCGACACCUCGGUCGACGAGUCCAUCAGAGACACACGGGAGGAGCAGCCCACGACGACCCUGCAGGGAAGCAAUGCGAACUGGUCGCUCGAGCAGAAUCCCGAGAAAGAAGAUACCGGGCUGAAGUUGCGGCUGGAUUUGAAUCUCGAUAUCGAGGUGGAGCUGAAGGCGAAGAUUCAUGGCGAUAUUACUUUGGCGCUCUUGUCCUGAAGCGUUUUUUUCCUGUGUUGAUCGACUGUAUGGAAUGACCCUUGACGCCCACUGUCAUCAUGAAUUGAGAUCUUCUUUCAAAGGAGACUGCUUAAAGCCUGCUCGAUGUCUUGUCGUGCAAUAGCAUGGAGGCUCCAAGUCACUUACUUGUCUUUGUACAACUACGUACAAGCCACCUAGCCGAAAACACACUUCAAAGCACUCUCCCCGAUGAACACCAUCAUGUAUAUACAUAGUAUC